GCGAUGCACCAGAGCUGACGGAGCGGCUUGCGGCUGCGCUGUGGCGGGCCGGCGCCGCGAGGUCGCUGGCCCCGCCGCACGACAUGUUCAUGAGCGGCGGCAACUACGUCGUGCACGAUGCUGUCCUGCAGGUCGGCCUGCCGGCGUUUGAGUACCCGCGCGCUGACUUCCCGCCGGGGUUUAGGAUCGUCGGUGUCCUCCCGCCUGUCACGCCGGCUGCGAAGAAACUGCUUUGGGGAUGGUGGGGUGAGGAUGUUGUUGCGGCGAAGAAGGAUGGCAGGACGAGGAAGAUUGUGGUUGUGGCGCAGGGCACGGUCGAGACGGAGCCGACGGAGCUGAUCAUUCCGACGCUGCAGAUCCUGGCCGGCCGGGGCGUUGGAGACGAUGGCGAUGGCGAUGGCGAUGGCGAUGGCGAUGGGAACGAAAUACUGACGAUUGCGAUCCUUGGAUCGCGCGGUGCGCGGCUGGCGCCCGAGCACGUCCCGGCGAACGCGCGCGUGGUCGACUACCUGGCCUACGACGCCGUGCUGCCGUACGCCGACGUGUGGGUCCACAACGGCGGGUAUGGCGCCACGAUGCACGGCAUCGCGCACGGCGUGCCCAUGGUGAUUGCCGGUGAGGGCCAGGACAAGCUCGAGAACGGCAGGCGCGUGGCGUGGAGCGGGCUCGGCGUCGACCUGGAGUGUGCGAGGCCGGCGAGGGACGCGCUGGCGGGAGCCAUUGACGAGGUUCUACGCAAUCCGACGUACAAGGAGGCGGCCAGGCGGAUGCAGGAGACGGCUCGGAGCAUGGAUUGUUUCAAGGAGGUCGAGGACGAGAUUCUGAAGCUCGCGGGACAUGCUGGACAUGCCAAUGGCAUUUAGACCUUAUAGAAAUUUCAGAGAUACUUGUAAAUUAGGUACGUGACUAUAUAG